UAAAGUACUGUUAACAAUCAAUGUGGCUUCUCGUCAGUGAUUCCAAUCCAUCACUUUGGCGACGAAGAUAAAUAAUCCACUAGAAAGAGCACCUACUUACGCAAAAAAGAGAAGACAGAGAAAUGAGGCUGAAAGUGGCCACUCAUUGGGCACCAGCACACAGAGUGGAUGUUUGACAACCAUUAGUUAGUAACCUAGACAUGAGCAGCAGGUUGACUAACAGAGGAAUCAAAGUUGCCUUUAGUUAAUUGUGAUGACUAACAGAGGAAUCAAAGUUGCCUUAACUUAAUUGUGAUGUGAACUCAUGCCAAUGAUGGAGGAAAAGAUUGCUGUAGUUCCAAAGAGGGCAGUGAGACGGCCAUCAGCUGUGGUCAUCCCCUGGAGAACCUGGCUCGUUGUCCGUGUCCUGGCUGGUCUCAUGUCCAGUUUGGUCGUACUCUUGACCAUAGCUCUAGCAGUGGCAGUGGUCAUCAAGACCACCCCUCCAUACUGCUCCCCCGGCCUGGCCAGUACCGCCAGAAACCUGGAUGCUCCAGGUCUCUUCAGUGACCUCACUCCCAGAGAAAUGACUGCGGUCAGAGACUAUCUACUUGCCCAAAAACGUUUAGGUCUGAUGCCCUAUCAAAAUGCUACACUCAACUCAAGCUAUAUUUUUAUGAUUUCUCUGCAAAUUCCUUUAAAGGAUUCUGUACUCAAGUUCAGAAAAGGAGUAGAUAGAAAGCCACAAAGAGCAUCCAAAGUCACAGUUUACAGGGGGAACACAGAUCCCCCUCGAGUGGAGGAGUAUUUGGUGGGCCCGCUCCCUCAGCCUAAGUACCACAAGCUUGUGACAAGCCCCUCCUACCGUCGUGUGCCAAUCCCUUUCACUAGUCGGCCUGUGGACGCCAUAGAGAGGACUCAGCUCAAAGUUUUUCUCUCCAGUGUGGUAGAGCCCCUGCACAGGCUGUUUAAGGAGAGCUAUGGCCUGAGCUACAGCAACUGUACAUCUCAUCUGGACUGUCUCAGGUUUGAGGACUUUGCCCCCAGAGGCACUGGGAGUGGGGAGAGGGUCUCCUGGUUUUGGGCCUACAGGGAAACUGUUGGAUUUUACCUGCAUCCGCUAGGCUUUGCUAUCCAAGUUGAUCAUCAAAGCUCAGACACGGCCUUGUGGUCAGUCAGUCGGGUGAUUUACAAUGGUCAACUUUUUUAUGAAAUUGAAGAUUUGAUUGACAGAUAUAAUGAGGGCAGCAUAAGAAAAAUCACUCCCAAAAUGGAUCAUAUAGAUGCCCAGUUUUCCAGCUUCAAUAAGAGAGGGCAUCAGUCAUUUGACACACCACUUCGUGGCCCUCGCCUCAUUGAGCCCGAGGGCCACAGGUACUCUGUUGAUGGCCAAUACAUCAAAUAUUUUGGCUGGAGCUUCAAUUAUCACAUGCGGACAGACACAGGUCUACAAAUAGUUGAUGUUUACUUUCAGGGAGACACAAUAGCCUAUGAAAUAUCUUUACAAGACGUGACAGCAUUCUACACAGGCUACAGUCCUGAGACAGCCUGGUUGGGGCUCUAUGGCAUCUCCUGGCUGCUAGGGGCAUCCUCGUAUGAACUGGUGCCUGGCAUUGACUGCCCAGCCACGGCCACCUUCAGAGAUUCCUAUCACUUUGCCAACACUGGCCAACCACUGCACCACAGACAUUCUAUCUGUGUAUUUGAGCAGACGUCUAGCAUGCCCCUACGCAGACACUACUCUCACAACCGCAAUGGAGAGUUCCAUUCCUACGGGGGUCUGGUGGCCAGCAGCCUGGUGGUCAGGUCCAUCGUCAGCCUCUGGAGCUGCGACUACAUCGUGGACUACAUCUUCCACCUGGAUGGCACUAUAGAGCUGAAGAUCUCCUUGACGGGCUACAUACAGGCGUCCUUUGACCUCUCAGGGCAGCGACCUUAUGGGAACCGUGUGCAUGACACAGUCAGGGGUAAUCUCCAUCAGCAUCUCUUCCACUGGAAAAUUGACCUUGACAUUGAGACACCAGCCAACAGGUACCAGACUCUGGACAUGAUGACUGAAUCAGGGUCCAGCUUCUGGUACGAAGGCUCUGUCAACAAGACCCAGCUGAGGUUUGAGCCUGUGCUCAAGACAGACGAGAGUGAAGCCAGCGUGCUGUACAACUUUGAUCAGCCCCAGCACCACAUCCUCUUCAACAGAGAUGCAGAGAACAAGUAUCAUUCACACAGGGGAUAUAGGAUUAUCAAUGAGGCCAAAAGCAAGUUCUUGCUGCAAGAUUCAUCAGUCACCAAUGCCGCAUCAUGGGCUAAGUAUCAGAUGGCAGUUACCAAGUACAAAGACACGGAGGACAGCAGUUCUUCUAUCUAUGCUCAAGGUGAUCCGUUUGACCCAGUCCUUGACUUUUCCCGUUACCUAGAGGACAAUGAUACCAUUGUAGACACAGACCUGGUUGUGUGGCUGACCUCUGGCAUCUACCACAUCCCGCAUGCGGAGGACGUGCCCAGCAUCAGCACCACCAGCAACCAGUGCAGGAUCCUGCUGGCGCCAUACAACUUCUUCAACCACUGCCCCAGCAUGGCAGUCAGUGACGCCGUGCAGGUCAGCAGGAAGAACAUGAGCACACGGGCCUUGACCUUCAGCACCUUUGGGACUCCAUUCAGUGAGCCAGACUGCUACCAGAGGGAGAAGUCUCUGGAGGAGUUUGAGGGAGAGAUCAAGCUUACCUAGGACGUGAUCUU